UUCACUGGGAAAUGGUUUUACCCCAAGUGUUAAUAAGGAUUGGACAAUGGAAGAACCUGUUAAUUAUCAUUCUGCUUCCUAUAGUGCUGUUACCAAUACCCGUGCUCGGAAAAUCAUCGGUGUCAAAAUGUGCGUAUGCCGUCAUCAUUAUUGGGGUUUACUGGGUGCUGGAGGUGAUGCCAAUUGCUGUGACGUCAUUGAUUCCCGUGUUCCUGUUUCCAUUGCUGGGCAUAAUGUCAUCAGCUGACGUCUGCAAAAAUUACGCAAAUGACACGCUUAUGUUGUUUUUUGGCAGCCUGGUUGUGGCAGCCGCAGUUGAGAAGUGGGACCUUCAUAAACGUAUUGCACUUAGGGCCCUCACAUUGGUUGGACCAGAACCGCGAUGGCUGUUGCUCGGUAUUAUGUUGCCCACGUGGUUCCUGUCAAUGUGGAUGUCCAACACCGCCACGACGGCUAUGAUGAUUCCUAUCCUCAAUGCCAUUCUUAUGCAGAUGAAAGAGGUCAAGGAUAAAGUUUACGAGAGCGAUAACGGGGUAACGAUGUGUUUAAAAAGCAUUGACUCAGAUGGCGAAUUAGAAACACCUGUUUCAAAAAAUGUGGCCAUGGUCACGGUUGAUGACAUCUUGGAACCAGGUCACCCAGUACAUUAUUCAAUUGAAGUCCAACGCAAAGAAACGAUCGCGAAAACGAAUCGUGCCGACGACGACAAGAACGACCCGGAUCAGGAGUUUGCACAAAUGGCGAAGACGUUUGCUCUGUCCGUAGCGUUCGCAGCGAACUGCGGUGGUAUAGCCACAUUGACGGGAACACCGCCAAACAUCAUACUAAAGGGACAAGCCGAUAUACUGUACCAAAAGCAUGGUCUGAACUCAGCUAUAACGUUUGCAAACUGGAUGGCUAUUGGCGUCCCUAUGUCUGUGGCGGUGUUUUUGGCAACGUGGCUUUGGCUGCAGAUCUUUUCCCUCGGGAAAAAAUGUCUGUGUUGUUUCAAAACUGAUGAUGACUACAGUGCUGUCAGAGUUCAUUUGCAGCACGAAUACAAAAAAUUGGGGAAAUGGAGUUUCGCUGAGGCUCUAGUCAUGGCAGACCUUGUUAUAUUAGCGUUUCUCUGGAUUGCACGCAACCCGGUUGUUGUACCGGGAUGGGGAGCACUGUUUAAAACUAAGUAUGUAGAAGAUUCAACAGCAGCUAUUUUUAUGUCUGUUAUCUUAUUUUUCUUGCCAAGUAAACUUCCUAAAUUCGGGAAAAAGGACGAUGAGCAUAAGAAGGACGAGUGGACGGCAACCUCGGAGUACGUUCCCCUUUUGACUUGGAAGUACGUCAAUAACAAGAUGGCAUGGGGUGUCCUCCUACUUAUGGGUGGGGGAUUCGCAUUAGCUGAUGGUUGUGCUACAUCGGGUUUGUCAGAAUGGAUCAGCGAGAAACUGACGGUGUUUGAGAACUUACCGACUUGGAUGACAUCAGCGCUGCUCACUUUCAUAACAGCAGCUAUAACCAACGUGACGAGUAAUGCUGCCACAUCGACAUUGUUCCUUCCAAUAGUUGGGGGAUUGGCUAUAAAAAUAUCAGUGCAUCCGCUGUAUUUCAUGAUACCCUGUGCGGUGGCGGCCUCGUUUGCCUAUAUGCUUCCAGUCGGUACCCCACCAAACGCCAUUGUAUUCUCAACUGGGUACCUCAAAAUCAUCGAUAUGAUAAAAGCCGGUGGUGUUAUCAACGUUAUCGCUGUGUUGAUAGUGUGUAUUUGUAUGAACACAUUUGUGAUGCCGAUAUUUCACCUAUACACAAUCCCCGAGGCUUUCCUGACAAAUCAUACAUCCGGCGAUCUAGUAGUGCAAGGACUUAAUCACAGUACGGUUGGGACAGCUUUGUAUAAUACAACUGGAUGAUAUGAGUGUAUAUGGUGACUCUGAUUGAAAUGAUUAAUAGGCAUUAUAUCAUUGAAAAUGCGUACUUCAAGUACCUGUGAAUCUCUGGGAAAGGCAAUCGUACCGGUUUGAAUAGGUCACAUUGGAAAAAUUAGCACUGAAUGAUGGGCUUGUCAUUGAGUGUGGGAUUGUAUUGUGUUUGUAAAUAUUGUAUUAUUCGGGUAGACGUAUUCAGACGCAUUGUGCUAUGUUGUGGUGUAUGUAAUGCUUGUCGGUGCUUAUAUUUGCAACGGAAAAUUAUAUUCACAUAUAAUAUCAAAAUUUCCCUGGACAAAUAGCUUUAUAAAAGACAAUUUUACACCUUUUGACCUUGUAAGUUUUUCUUCAGAAAAAAUAACGCUAUUGCUUUCCUGUUAUGAUGUCGAAUGCCUUUCAUUACCUCUUUUAAACAAUUUUAUUUGAUCACUGUCCAAGAAACCAACGCCAAAAUCGUUUCAAUAAAAAAAAUCAAAGUCAUAACAAUUUGUGAGCUGUUAUAGACAAUUACGGUAUGUGUACAUGUGUAUGUUUAAAAAGCUAUAAUAAUUUUAACAAGUAAUUGCCAAUAGUAUAUGAUGUAUAGGCUGUAAAAACAAUCCCUCUGUAUACUUAAUAAACUAAAGUACUAAGAAACUAUUAAAGUAUAAACGUGUGAUUUAUUGUGUCAUGUUAUGAGACGAAAAUACGCAGUUACUGUGGAAGAAGACAAAAAUGCACGCUACAGCGAGCGAACUGCACGCACUAAACAAUCCAAAUAUUACUCUUUAUAGUACCUGCGGAAUAUUAUAUGUUCGUACCGAAAUUAAACAUGCAAUUGUUGUGAUCAUAUUAACAUUAAAUGCAUAAUUAUACAUACCUCGUUUUUGACACAAUAAGACGUUGCUGGCUUCUAUGAAACUCAAAAAAUGAUCAAGAGUUGGGCUUCUCGCUAUCCAUUAAGGAUAUGUAAGUUGGCAAUACAUAGAUAUAGUUAACAUACUAUAAUGUUGUUUUGUUGGGACGAGUGUAUAUGCAUUUAAUAGUAAAUGAGUAUAAAUCCGAAGUACUAUUGUUUCAGAAGUUUUAAAUUAAAAAAAAACACUCGCAAAUGUUCGUAUACACGUAGUUACCUUUUCAUUCUAGAACAAUGGAGAUACCACAUGUAUGGAAUAUGACACGUACAAGUAUUAACCACAAAAUUGCAAUUUAUGUACGCUCAAAAUUUUGAUGUACCGCACACAAUAAUAUAAACAUCUACAA